AUGACGCAAACUCCCAUGAUCUCGGUGCCUCUAAAGGCUACCAACGAAAUCGAUUGGAUCACCCCGCUUAAGACCUACAUUAGAGAUACUUAUGGAGAUGACCCCGAAAGAUAUGCGGAAGAAUGCGCGACGCUCAACCGCCUCCGCCAGGACAUGAGAGGUGCCGGCAAGGAUAGCACCUCCGGGAGAGAUUUGUUAUAUCGAUACUACGGCCAGCUCGAGCUGUUAGAUCUCCGCUUUCCUGUCGACGAGCAGCAUAUUAAGAUCUCUUUCACCUGGUUCGAUGCAUUUACCCACAAGUCGACAUCUCAGUACUCCCUCGCCUUUGAGAAAGCCUCGAUAAUAUUCAACAUAUCCGCUGUUCUGUCUUGUCAUGCCGCUAACCAAACCCGUUCCGAAGAGGCUGGUCUGAAAACUGCCUAUCAUUCCUUCCAAGCCUCUGCUGGCAUGUUUACUUACAUAAACGAAAACUUCUUACAUGCACCUUCAUCUGAUCUGAGCAGAGAUACUGUUAAGACUUUAAUUCAGAUCAUGCUCGCGCAAGCUCAGGAGAUAUUUCUAGAGAAACAGGUUGCAGACCAAAAGAAGGUAGGUCUACUGGCAAAGUUAUCUAGCCAAGCAGCCUACCUAUACCAGCAAGCCCUGGAAGGAGUCCAGGAAAAUGUCAAUAAGGCCAUCUUCGAGAAAGUUUGGCUCCUUUUUACUCAGAUCAAAGCUAGCUUGAUGAGCUCAAAUUCUCAAUACUAUCAAGCGCUUGCUGAUGAAGAUGCCAAUUCUUAUGGUGUCGCCGUCGCGAGGCUUACGGCCGCCGAAAUUCAGGCGAAGGAAGCUAGUAGAAUGGCAAAUAAUUUCCCUAACACCAUGCCACCUAGUUCGAACUUGAGUGCGGACACGGGUAUUUUAUUAACGGAAAUCACAAAACGGAACCUCACUACUAUUCAGGAGAAAUUGAAGGAAUUGAUAAAGGACAACGACUACCUCUACCACCAGACGGUGCCGGCGGAGGCCAGUUUGGUCCCGGUCCCGAAACUCCCUGCAGCGAAGCCAAUACCUGUAAACGAACUAUAUUCUGGUCAGGAUAUUCAGCGCAUAACUGGUCCAGACUUGUUCGCGAAGAUCGUUCCGUUCACAGUCACCGAAUCAGCAAGCUUAUAUGACGAAGAAAAGGCGAAAUUAGUCCGCGCAGAGGCCGAAAGAGUUGACCUAGCUAACAGUGAAAUGACCACCAGUUUGGAUUAUUUGAAGUUACCAAUGUCUUUAAAGGUACUGAAAGGGGGUGUUGAUCAAGAGAUCCGGCCAGAUGGAGACUUCCAAACUUGGUGCGAUGAUGUUGCAGGUCAUGAGAAUCCGAUUUCGAUAUUCGACACGCUACGAAUAGAUAAGGACGCAAUCGUGACUGUGCUGGAUCGAUGUUCGAAACAGCUGGAUAUGGAAGAGAGCGUUUGCGAGAAGAUGAGAUCAAAGUACGAGAGCGAAUGGACGCAACAGCCGAGCUCGCGGCUUACGACUACUUUACGAGGAAAUAUUCGAAGUUAUAGAGAAGCUUUAGAUGAAGCAUCGAAAAGUGAUGGUCAGCUCUACACCAAAUUCCGUCAAAAUGAAGUGGCUUUUGAGGAAAUGCGGAAUGCUGCGCAAACGGGCGAAGUUGAUGCGCUAUUCCAAACGGCCGUCAAUAGAGUUAGAUCAAAGUCUAGCGGUGCGACAAGCCCAGCUAGUAGUGAAGCGAACUUGUUGGAUGCCGAUUUCGACGAUGGUAGCCCUAGCGUUGCGGAGCAGAUAGCGAGAGUUGAGGACAUCCUCAAGAGGCUGAACUUAGUUCAGAGGGAACGGAAUCAAGUACUAAAAGACCUCAAAGAAAAGGUUCACAACGAUGAUAUCUCACAAAUCCUAAUUCUAAACAAGAAGUCGAUCCCGAACUUCGAGAAAGAAUUAUUUCAAUCCGAACUAGAGAAGUUCCGUCCUCACCAAAACCGUAUCCUGCAGGCCAACCAUAAGCAAGCUUCUCUACUGAAGGAAUUGCAAGCAUCCUUCGGCCAUCUUCUACAGGACAAGCGCGUACGCUCGGAACGCAGCAAAUACGAGGCCAUACAACGACAAAGGAACAUGGUAGUCAGCAAGUAUAAGAGAGCAUAUCAAGAAUUUCUCGACUUGGAAUCCGGCUUACAGAGUGCUAAGAACUGGUAUACGGAGAUGAAAGAGACGGUUGAUAGCCUUGAGAAGAACGUUGAGACUUUUGUUAACAACAGGAGAUCGGAGGGCGCUCAACUACUUAGCCAGAUCGAGCAAGAGAUAGCCGCGAACAAGAGCACGCAAGCGGAAGCAGAGCGGGAAAGGCUCCGUGGUCUGAUGGAACGCAUGUCUAUGGAUCCUAGCACAACUCCGUCGCCGAACCCGAGCUCGAACCGACCUGUCCCGACGCCGCUCUCCUUUUCAAAUACUUCGCGUUAUCCACAAACGACCAGCGCCUCUGGCCAAUAUCAAAUGCCAGCUUCUCCGCCGCCAAACCAAGUCAAUUAUCCAGGGUUUUCUAACACUCCAGCAAAUACUACAUACGCACCCGCGCCACAACAAUCAUUCACUCCUAAUCCGCAACAUAAUAGUCAACAAUUUGGCCAGGCCGCGUACAAUCCCAGCGCUUGGGGCCGAAAUCCUGGCCCGGCGUCACCACCACCAAACCAGACCACCUUUGGGCUUGGUGUUGGAAGUAGAGGUCCUGCUUCGCCUCCACCUUCACAGACAUCAUUUGCACCGCACCAAUAUAGCACAUAUGGGAACCCACAAGCUCAGACAUCACAACAGUACAUGCCUCCUGGUUUCGUACCGCCUCCGCCACCUCCCGGACCUCCGCCGCUAGGACCACAACAGACUAUUCACUAUUCGCAACAACCACAAGAGUACGCAUACGGAGGUCCUCAAAACACUGCGCCGCGGUCAGCUCAACAGCAACAGCAGCAGCAACAGCAACAUAAUGAUCCGUGGGCGGGACUAAAUGCUUGGAAGUAA